AUGGAUGAUUCAGCACCGUCUGCAAGCAGUGAUGGGACAAUGCUUCCCGACAUUUCGUAUGCUGGAACGAUGGAGGAGCUGGGCUACUCGACGAAUGAUCUGAUAGCCAGCGACGCGCAUUACUCUACAGGGUCGCUGGUGCAUAAGAGCAUCCAGGAGCUAAUGCAGAACUUGAAGAUCUCGCGAAAUCGGCGGUACUUUGAGCCUUCGCUGACUGGACAGGAACCGGAGUACAUCUACUGGGACAACAACUUUCUACAGCGCAGCUCGGGGCUGUCGAACCAGGCGGUGCUGUCGCCACUCUUUGAGGAGCCGUACGAGGAUCACAGCGGCGGUGGCGGCGGCGGCGGCGACGGCGGAGGGGUAGAGGAUGAGCAGGAUACCGUGCUGCAACGGCUGUACAAUAUGGUACAGGUGUUUCUGGUGCGGCAUGGCUUGUCGCUGGAUUUCGCCAAAGUGCUGAAGAAAUACGUGGCUCUACUGCAUGAGGGAGGUUCAGAGCCACUGCAGGACCAGUACAUUUUGGCGCUGCAGAAUGAGCUGCAACAGAGCUACGAGCUGUCGCCAAUCAUGGAUUCGAUUCUCACCGCUUUCCUACUGCGCCCAGAAAACAUCCCUAUGAAGUUAGCGCUCGUGGAAUACAGACACCAGUUGCAACUAGUGCGAAAGUGGUUUUUGAGCUGGCGCCUGAAGUGGAACAUAACUACCAACCUGGGCGUUUGUGAGUCCAUAUGGGGCAAUUAUCUGCUUAAGAAAUAUCUCUACCGUUGGACGGAGAAGUACAAACUGGUAGCCGAAUAUUGGGAAGAAGACGCUUCCAACGCGGACGAACUUCGUUUGACAGCCUCCAUGUUCGACACCUGGGCGAAGCAAUACAGUAUCCGGAAGACAAAGGAGAAGAUGGCUGAUAACUUUCAUGUGGUCGACUAUGUGGAACGGUUUCGGAGUCGCUAUAUGCGCAUGACUGAGUGCAAUGAUAAAGCGGAAGUGUUUCACGCGCAUAAUCUGAAGACAAAAUUCCUUGCUCGAUGGCGCCUUGCCGGGAGAACAAAGUCUGUCGCGCCAGUAUUUACUGUACUGACGCAGCGGAUGACGCUUGCAAAAGUAUUACAGCAUUUCAACUCGAUGAACGAACUAAAUUCAUUUGGGUGUUUUGCAGAGAAGGCGUUAACGUUGAGGCCAUUGCUCAUAAAAUGGGUUUCAAGACUGCAGCGGCAAGAUAUACAGCAAAGGCAGUUAGACGCGGCGGAGCUCACAUUCGUUAAGAAGAAGGCAUAUAAGAUAUGGCGCAAGCAGUUUCACUACAGGCUAAGCGAAUUACAUUUGCAGGCCACGCUUGAUAAUAAUUUGCUAGAGUUUAUUUUCAAUCGUGUUUGGAGCAUAAGGUAUACGGAGAGGAAAAUGCUCUACCAAGUUCUGAGUGACAAGAACAAAUUGCUGAUGAAAAAACAAUUUUCUGCAUGGCGGCUAACCACUUCGCUAAAAGUCAAAUCAGAGACCCAACGAAAUAGCAAUGUUGCCAAAAAAGCAUUGAGGGCGCUAAUCCUUGGUGCCAAAUUACAACAACACAAUAAACUUACGGAAGUGAAAUUGAUUUCAAGUUACCUAUCUGUAUGGAGGAAACGGCACACGGAGGAGCAGAAUGUGAGAGUUGUAGGGAAAAUGCUAGUUCAACGUUAUUGGGAACACGAAUUUAAAAGAAAAUACCUCGCAUUUGAUGAUUUAAACUAUAUCACAGAUAAAAGUUACCACUCUCAUCUUGUAAAACUAAUGUUUUCCUGUUGGCAGCAGGCUUAUGCACGGAAGGCAGUAUUGUAUGAUAAAGCAUCCCUCUUCCAACGGCUAAAGGCAGCUCAGCGCCUAAAGAAAGCGGUGGCAAAAAUAGACGCUGUCCGUUUCAGGGAAACAUACUACGAUGACAUUGUGUCCAACAUAUAUCUCAAGAGAUAUGUCGAUGUCUGGAGACAGAAUGCAAGUAUUCGGAAGGAUGUUAGAUUGGAAAUUAUCUUGGACAAUUAUGAAUGUAAAAAUAAUGUUAAACUGAAGAGACGAUUCCUCCGUAAGAUGAAGGAGAGAUGGAGUUUCUACUCCAAUGAAUGUGUUCGCGUCGCAAAUCGCAAGAACAGGCGGGAUAUGGGUAAGUUACUGCUCUCUCGAAUUAUCGGCAAAAUGGAACUUCGAAAACUGUGGCUGAAGCAGGCUGGGCGGCUACGGUCAUCCAUGCUCUUGUUAAACGGCUUCAUGUAUUGGCUGGACAGAAUGGACAAAAUACAACAGCUUUAUGCAGUCGUACAGCUGAAGGUUGAGGAAAAGGAUGUGAACCUAGUAGUGAAAUGCAUCAGCAAGUGGAAUAUGAAAACACUGAAAUUUAAACGUAAUGAAGAAACAGGACAGAUGUUUCGCAGUCGUUGGAACCGCGCGCUUCUACGGUACGUGGUUACUUUGUGGAAAGAUAAGACAAAGAAGCUCGCCAAUCAGCGACCUCUUGACGUCUUUAGGCCUUACCGCAACAGCAUCUCACACGACUUCAUGACUCCACUGAAGGCAGACAAGGUAACAAUCCCAGGUUCUGAGCGUGUUAAGAAGAACAAGAUGGAGCGCAUCAAGAAUCGUUACCGAGGUGCUCGCCGCGCAAUACCCAGCCCCAUCAAGUCCUCUGACAUCUUGGAUUCCACGACCAAACGGAAGCUCUCUAAGAUCGGCAAAAUUCAGACGCCCCUCCAGAAUGCAUAUGUCGAUGACCCUAAUACCACACCUAUUCCGAAGUUAAAACUGGAACAAGAAGGUCGGCGUUACAGUCUGCGUGUCCGUAAUAUAGACUUCAAUCGUAUUCCCGAGCUUGAUCCAUUCUCAAGGCCCGACUCCCGUGACCGUGCUUCCACUUUCAUAAUCGACAGGCCCAUUCUACCUGAUGAUACCUUUAUAGUUGAUGAGUCGCCGACAAAGAUGAAAGCUCCAAGAUCCCCAUUGAGCUGA